AUGAGCAAUGUGUACUUAAGAGAUAUUUAAUUUACCUAUAAAAAAAAUCCAGGUUAAACAAACCUCAGUAACAUGUCAGCUGUCUCUUUAUACUGCUGCUUGUUUUUCUUAAAUAGGUGAAAGCCCUCUUCUCACAGAGAUGAGAAUUUGGCUCAUGAGUUUCAGUGAAACAGAAAAAUCUGUUCUAAACCUGAUUUUUGAUAAAGGAAAUUAUGAUGAAGCCGGCAGUGGGAGGCUUAAGACUUUCAAAGGUGCAAUGAACAAGAAGACUGUGCACGUGGUUGAUAUUGAUAUCUGCAAUGCCAAGAGGAUUCUUAGAUGGGAAAAACCGACUCUUGGACCCCAUGCCAUUCUACUUGCAUUUUCUCUGCAUGAUGACAGAUUCACAGACCAGACCAAAGAGAUUGUUGAAAAUUUGGAGUUUCUUGGAGAGAAAUUCUGGACUCAUGUCAUUGUAGUAUUUACAGAGGGAGACCGUAGUAUAGAUGAGUAUUCUGGAGCUCAGAGAAGUGUAUUGGAGUGGCUUCUUGAAAAAUGUGGACACAAAUCCUACAUCUGUGGCUAUGCACCAGAAACUACAGAGAGGAGAGAGCUUUCAGAGAGGAUACAGAGGAUGAUGAGGAGAAAUAAUUCAAUGCAUCUGGUCUUACCAGACAUAUCAGAUAGAGAUUCUCAAUCCCCUUUAGACAUUUUAAGGAAGCUAGAUGGGAAAGAUUACUUGUUCACUCCUGAGGUCAUCGUUCAAGAGGGGCAAAGGAAAUACAGGUUACAGUGCGACCAUGCAGGCUGGUUCCAUUGUAAGUUUACACAGAUUGGUUUUAACAUGGAGGUGGAAGGAGAGGUGCUAUACAGCACUGUUCUUCAGGACAGCGACUGUCCAGUUCCUGCCAACUAUUACCAAGCAGGACCCGUGUAUGAUAUCAAGUGUGUUCAGGGUGAGCUGUCUCAACUCAGACUACCUCACUGUGAGACAUCCAUUGAGGAUGCCCGCCACUUCAUGUCAGUUAUACAUUACUCUAAUCAAAUGGUUGAUAUUCUGAAACCUCAGAAUAUCACAAGCACACAUGUUACAGUGAGCAUCCCAGAAACAUCAAACUUUUUUAUUUCCAAAAUGGUAAACUGGUUUACGGAUCAUUGGUCUAAGACACAUGGCCAGGUGAUACUAUUCUAUCUACAGCAAGCACAUAGGCUGCAUGUGUUUCUAAAACCACGCAAUGUGGAUCCCAGAGAGGUUGAAAAAUGUAAUAAAGAUUACACAUUAAUCCAAACAGCUUGUGAAUGCAUGCUAAAAUAUGAAUGUGUGUACAGCAUAUCCUGUGAUCCUGUUGAGCAACAUGGACCUUCAGUGAGGCCAAAGAUACAACCGAUGGACACAAAACUUCAUUGCACUAAGCAGUGGAAACAUUACUAUCCAACAUUUGAUAUAAAGUUGCCAGAUGGUGUGAUGGAUGUGGGUUUACACCUCAAAAAGAAAAACCCCAAGAAAGGAAGGGUUGAUGUUGUAUGGAGCCGUGACAUAACACUGACAGACUAUACUGCAGAAAACAGGAGACCGACUCUAUCCACUGAUGAGCAGUGUGUAUCCUUUCUGAAAAAGAACAAAGCUAAACUUAUCCAAAAGGUGAAAAAUAUUGAUGCCAUUUUAGAUCACUUUGAAGACAUUAUUGUAGACGAACAGAUAGAUGAAAUCGGAGCAAUGACAACAAAUCAGAAAAAAAUGAAGAGAAUCUUUAAGAUCAUAGAAGGACAAGGACUUUCAUCGAAACGGAUGUUUUUUGAUUUGCUUUACCAGGAAGAACGAGGUCUUAUGGAUGAAAUGACAAAAGACAACAACUAACGCAUGUGAGAUGAACAACAGAGAAACUGAACAGGAAAAAUGUAUUAAUUUGUUAUGUUCAAGCUCCUGCUAUAACAUUUGUCAAAGCAUGUGAUAUUGUCAUUGACCAGUGUAUGUGCCAGUCUUUUAAAUGUUAGGGUUGUACUGCUUUACUGUGUGGCAAUGUUUAGAUGGAUUGUGAUGAUUAUGAUUCAAUGGAUUUGUCCUCCUUGUGAUCACCUCUUGCUUGUAAAUAAUAUUUCUUCAGAAGUAGAAGUGAAAUCAUUUUCUGUAUAAAGAGGUGCUGUAGAUUAUCUUUAAAUGAUAAACAUUGUCAGUUCAUAAUGUAGGCUAUGUCAAGUCUGGAGUAAUAUGUAAACUGGUGAUUUUUUUUAUUUAUUGCAAUUUGAUUCUCAGUCCUGGUGCAUUAAUAUUUACAAUUGAAAGAAACACAGGUGAUCUGCCUGUUAUUUUGUGAGAUAUUGUGAAAUGUGGUUUUAAAAUGAAAGAACACUGUUUAAUUCAUAAAUGCAUAUGUUUGAUGGCUAUCCCAUUGCACCAAAUAUUUUAGGGUCCUCAAGCCAAUAACUAAUAAACCAGUAACAUGUUUUUUUAUGACAAAUAUAGU